AAUUAGUACACAUCGAAACGUCGUCGUGUCACGUCUCUUCCACAACUACCCCUAAAUCAUCUCACAUAAUUUUCCCCGGAACCCGAAGGCCGAAUUGCGACCUCGCCGACGUUUCUCUCUCCUCUGUUUUCUUUUCCGCCAAGCAAAACCCUUUCAAUAAUUUCACACAAAACAUACAUACAUAAACCCCAAUCAAUUCCAAGUCAUCGCCUCUCUAACGUCGCUGUCUUGUUAUCUCGGCGUUCUGCUUCCCAAAAUUCAACUUUGGGCUUUUUAGUCGUUUGCAGGAACGACGACCUAGUUAACGAUCAAUUUGUAGAUUGAUCUUGUUCAUCGAUACCCAUCGGAAGUAGGUGAUUUAUGCUUGAGGCUAUAUAGUUCUUUUGUUGGUAAGUUCUUUUGAUCGAAUUGAUGCCUUUUUUCCGGAUUCGAUGGUAUUGCUUAGGAUCUUUGACAGAUCCGUACUGAACUGUGUUUUAAUGUGAUAUCUGAGUGUUUUGUGGGAAGAUAUGGUUUGAUCCGUCACUAAAACCGGCAGCUUAUAUAAUUUUUUUUAUCAAACUCUUCCAGAUUAAAUCAAAUGAAUCCUUCAGUAUUUUUUGUUGAACAAUCAUUUAAACUAUUGUUUUCUUUCGUUUUUGUUUAGUAUCGGCUUAUCCUUGAGUUUGACUAAAAAUUAUGUGGGUAAACUGUUGUCCCAGAUUUUUCUAGGGUUAGGAAGAUGAAAAUUUGAUGUUUCCAAUUAUUUUAUUAUUGUUUGCUGUUUUGUUUUUGCGAGUCAUAGUGUAAAAUUUAGGGAUGCCACUUAUUUGUGAGUUGGAUCCACAUAUGUGUGGCUUUAAUUUGACAUAGAUGGAAUUAAAUGGAGGAUUACAGACAUCACAUCAAAAAGAAACAACUGUUUUAUGCUUGUUUUCAAUAAAAUAAUAUUUCUCAAAAGAAGUGUACACAUUGAAACAACUGUUUAACAUGAUUCCUUUGUAAUCCGAGCGACAUAAACAAUUUAAUCUGCAAAAUAUGCUUCAUACCAAGACUUCCUAACUUCAACAUAAGGAGCCAAGGUUCAAUAUAACGUUUUCCUAUAUAUAUAUAUAUGUGCUGAUGAAAGUUUUGUGUUUUAGUGUAGUACUUGUUAGAGCUGUAAUUACUUUAUGGUAGGAUUAAGAAUUUGUCGAUCUCAAGCAAUGGAAGGGAAAUGGCCGCAUUAUGCGGAACUGAAGCCAAUUUUAAGAAAUGGACUUGCAAUUCCUUCUCCACCUCAUUUUGAGUAUAGUAAAUUGCUCUAGAUAGGUGACUUUAGGUUGACUUGUGUAAAUACUACUACUACUACAACAACUACUAAGCGUGUAGAUAAAAUGGCAUCAAAAUGGGUUAAAGUAUCAGACAACAACACUGGUAGUCGAGUCAUCGUUACUUCAAAGAGGAAGCAGUUAUCUCAAAUAGCCAGAUCUAGCAACAGGGCUUUAAGUGUUGUGAGGCCUGGUUUUGCAUCAAUAUUGAACAAGACUCUAAAGAGAAAGAGAGACAAUAAUAAUAGCUUCAAGUCCACAUGCUCCUCUUCCUCAAAAAUUUUACUAAAAAACUACUCAAAUUUUAUGAGAAGUGGACUCCCUCAACGUGUCCUUUUCUCUGAAGGUGGUCAAUGGAAUGAUUUCUCCCAAGAUGUUAUUGACUUGGUUAAAGAACACUUCAUGGCAAAAACAACAGCAUUUGAAGUGAAGUUUAAUGGGCGUCAGGUAAUGUUAGAUAUUUUACAUAUGAAUGAAGUAGAUUUGAAAAACGGGGCACGAAAACCGAUAGCAUGGAUUGAUGAAAAAGGUAGCUGUUUUUUCCCUGAAAGUUAUGAAAUUCAGAAAGAUACUGAAAUUGAAAUAGACCCUGAAAUUAAGUUGCAUGUUGAGAUCGAACUAAAUGAAAUAAGUAACAAUAGUUUGGAAGAAUGUGUGGAAGAGUCAAACGUUAAGAGGGUCAAAAUUGACCAGGAAGGUCAAACAAAAAACCAUCUAGAUGCAAAAGCUGACCAAUGUGUUGAGAAAAUACAGAUUGAUGAAGAAGAUGCUGCAUCCCCUACUUUGGAUCAAGAAACAGUGAGAAAUAUGUUUAUGAAGAGCGUAAGUCAAAGUCAAAGUCAAGGCUUGAAGGUUGAUAUAAUUGAAGUGAAGAAAUGUUGUGGUGGUGUUAUGGAAUCAAAGCUAGAUCUUUUCCAUGCACAGGCUGAAAUUACUAAAAAGGUUCGCGGAAACGCGAAUGUCAGAUACGGUUGGUUUGCAAGCCCUGUGGGGUCCACCUCCACCUCCACCACUGGGGUUUAUGGGCUAGGACAUGAUGGGCUAAAACUUGGAAGGUAUGGCUAUGGGGUCCACUUUACAGCUGUCCAUUCUGCCCACAACAGUGAAGAUAUUAUUUGUGAUGUUGACGAAAAAGGGGUAGAAAUACAAAUACAAUGCAUGGUUUUAUGCCGUGUAAUAUUGGGAAAUAUGGAAGUUGUUUUACCGGGGUCUAAACAAUUUUACCCGAGUGAUGAGUGCUUUGACUGUGGAGUUGAUAAUCUGGAAAAUCCAAAUCAUUUUGUUGUUUGGAAUAUGAAUAUGAAUACACAUAUCUAUCCGGAAUACACACUCACUUUUAAGAUGUCUCCUAGUCUUACUGCUCAAGGGAAUCUGAUUAUAGAGCGAAGUAGGGUUGACACGUCAAAGUUAACAACUCAACCUCCCCAUGGACCCUUAAAGAUAGAUUCCUCCCCACUUAAAUUGGGAAAGAGUGAAACGCAAUUUCAAAGUGGGAAAGCGUCUCCUAUGUCUUUAGAAAAGGGGGCGAGUGUUGGAUCAAGCACCUCUAGGGCUCCUAAUUCCCCAUGGAUGCCAUUCUCAAAGCUUUUUGAAGCUAUUUCAGAUAAAGUAGCUCCAGCUGACAUGAAGCUAGUCCGUAUCUUGUAUGAAUCUCUUAGGGGAAAGAAAACGAGCCGUGAAGAGUUUAUUAAGAAGUUGAGAUCAAUAGUUGGGGAUGAGAUAUUAAGGUCUACAAUAUCCAGUCUCCAGUCCAAAGCUUAACUCAUUCAGCUCCUUUCUCGCAUCAUAAGCAGAAGUAAAAUAAGAGAGUGAGUGAGGGGAAUUUAAGAUGGCGAAAAUCUUGAUGUCUUUUGUGAGGUUUGAACGUUGAAAAUAUGGGUUUGGAUUUGUGUAGUUAGAUUGGUAUUUACUAUUUUUUGAAUUUUAUUUUUGGUUUAAACUUUUUAGAAUAUUAGGUUAUAUAAUGUUCUAUAAGAAUAUACAGCAUAUCAUAUAUAACUCCCUCCUUUUUAGGUACAUUACAUAAGAAUGUGCCAUCGAGUAUAAGCUUUGUAUCUCUUCAGCUAUAUUAUAUGCAUCAACAUUAAACCCUGAUAUGGGUUGAAUGAUUAUAACCAGAAAAUUUUAUGGUC